UGGGGCAGUAAAAAACCAUUGGCAGUGGCAGCAAAGGCAGCAAUACUCGCUCAAAACACACAAAAAUGGCAGGUGUUCUGUCUCCGGCCACCACUCUCCGCCUUAAACCCCUUUACGCCUUUCGUUUCUUCACUCAUUAUCGCUCCCCAAUCAAACUCUUAAACCCUCAAAAGCUGCACACUACUCCAAUUCCCCGUCAACCAAGCUUCUGCUCUCUAGUUUCCUCGGGAGAAGCACUUGAAAAACCCGAAUUUGAUGGUGUCAAAAAUGAACAAGUUAAGGAAUUUAGGAAAAGGUUGAGGGUUGCGGAUAUUAAGGGAGGGGUUGAUGAAGGUUUGGAGAGGCUUGGUGAGACAUUGGUGGUAAGAGGUUGGGUUCGUACGGUUAGGGCUCAGAGCAGCGUUACCUUUAUUGAUGUUAAUGAUGGUUCUUGUCUUUCAAAUAUGCAAUGUGUUAUGGGUUCUGAUGCUGAGGGUUAUGAUCAGGUGGAGAAUGGCUCAAUUUCAACUGGUGCAUCAGUAUGGAUUGAAGGUACUGUAGUCAGCAGUCAAGGAUCAAAGCAGAAAAUAGAGUUGAAGGUUCAGAAGCUUGUAGUGGUUGGUAAAAGUGAUCCUUCUUUCCCCAUCCAGAAGAAAAGGGUCAGCAGAGAAUUCUUGAGAACAAAGGCUCACCUUCGCCCUCGAACGAACACUUUUGGUGCGGUUUCGAGGGUGAGGAAUGCUUUGGCCUAUGCUACACACAAGUUUUUCCAAGAAAAUGGCUUUGUUUGGGUCUCAAGUCCAAUAAUCACUGCUUCUGAUUGUGAAGGAGCCGGUGAGCAAUUCUGCGUGACUACAAUGAUACCGAACUCCAACGAAGGUGGAGAGUCACCAGUUAAUGCUAUUCCUACUACUGAAGCCGGUUCUGUUGACUGGUCACAAGACUUCUUCGGGAAACGAGCAUAUUUAACAGUGUCUGGGCAACUCAAUGGUGAAACAUAUGCUACUGCUCUUUCCGAUAUCUAUACCUUCGGCCCUACAUUCAGAGCAGAAAAUUCCAACACUUCCAGACACUUAGCUGAAUUCUGGAUGAUUGAACCAGAACUGGCUUUUGCGGACUUGGAUGAUGACAUGGCCUGUGCUACUGCCUAUCUCCAGUAUGUAGUGAAAUAUGUAUUAGAGAAUUGCAAAGAAGAUAUGGAUUUUUUCAACACUUGGAUUGAGAAAGGGAUCAUCAAUAGACUUAGUGAUGUUGCUGAGAAGAACUUUGUGCAGUUGACUUACACGGAUGCCGUUGAGCUUCUAUUAAAAGCAAAAAAGAAGUUUGAUUUUCCGGUGAAAUGGGGAUGUGAUUUGCAAAGUGAGCAUGAACGAUAUAUCACCGAGGAGGCUUUUGGUGGUUGCCCUGUAAUUAUUAGAGACUAUCCGAAGGAUAUCAAGGCAUUUUACAUGCGGCAGAAUGAUGAUGGAAAGACUGUCGCAGCCAUGGAUAUGUUGGUACCUCGGGUUGGGGAACUUAUUGGUGGAAGUCAAAGGGAGGAACGCCUUGAAUACCUGGAAGAACGUAUGGAUAACAUGAACCUCAACAAAGAAAGCUUUUGGUGGUAUCUUGAUCUGCGGCGUUAUGGUUCAGUGCCUCAUGCUGGAUUUGGAUUAGGCUUUGAAAGGCUUGUGCAAUUUGCGACUGGAAUAGACAAUAUCAGAGAUGCAAUACCUUUCCCUCGGACACCCGGCUCUGCUGAAUUUUGAUUUUUUGACCUUAAAAGUGUACUAUUAAAUAUAUCUUGAUAAAAACUGAAUCGGUCAUAAGGUGCAAUAUCACCAAAUAGCGUGGUGCUUCUGCAAUCCCUUUUUUCAACUUUCAUUUACUGUGUAGAUUUUGUAGAACUUGUUAAGAUUAUGGUGGAAGUUAUAAUCAUUGUACCAUACCAAUUUUUGUAGUCAUAAAGAGUUGACGAGUUGCAGUACCGGUGCCAUUGAAAGGAAAUAAAUUUUGACUCGUUA